AUGGCAGCUAACGCCGGAGGAGCUCCUCCACCGGGAGUGAAUCCACCACCAGGGAUUCCGGUUCAUGCUCAACGUCCGGCGCGACAAAUCGAGCCGGCGACACACCACAUUCCAGCGAAAACCGCCCCGACAUUACCCCACCACCGGAAACGUUUGAUCGAAUGUGCUUUGCAAAAGAUCAACAAUGUCACUGAGGAUGGUCUCAAACUGAGAUUGUUCCCAUUCUCCUUGGGAGGAAAGGCUCUAGCUUGGGAAUCAUCAAUCCAACCGGAACAGUCACGACAUGGGAGCAAUGCAAGCACGCAUUUCUUGGCCAAAUUCUUCCCGACUUCACGAACAGCUCAGUUGCGGAAUGACAUUGCGAGUUUCACUCAACUAACGGGAAACAUUCUGAGGCAUAUGAGCGUUUCAAGGGAUAUCAAAUGA